AUGCGAGCGGUACUGCCAGGGAGACCCCCAGCGAAGCUCCAGUCGUUCAGCACGGCGCUGUGGGAUGGGCUUCGCGUGAUUGCGUACAUCUCCGGCCAUGCGCUGGUCAUCCUCGGCGGUCCGCAGACGCUCCUCCAAACGAUCUACGUCGAUGAUACCGAAAAACUCGAGGCUGUGGCCUUUGACGAGGCCUCCGGGAAGAUUGCUGUGUGUGGAGGACCGGAUGUCUUCAUAUACCAGCCAUACGGCGUUCAGGGCGAGACACUGAAGUGGUCUCUGGCUUGCACUUUCCGCGCCGGCGAUGAUGAUGAAUCCAUUCAUACCCUGUCGUGGGGUUCGUCGAACGAGUUGCUAGUUGGCAACUCUCGCCUUGCGCUUUGGAUGCUGAAUGACACACCCCGCCUAGUGUGGAAAAAGAAGCUCGCCACCCCGGUCAAAUUCGCCCAAUUCUCCCCCGACGCAGCCUUGAUGGUGACGGUUGGACAUUAUGACCGCUUGGUCAAGGUAUGGAGACGACUUGCCUUCGGCGAGGAUGAAGUGCGGUUCGAAGUUUCGUAUCUUCCUCAUCCGGAUGUGGUCACUGGGAUACAUUGGCGGCGGCCGUAUCAUCGAGAACAAUCAGUCGACAAUGUCCUGUAUUCCCUGUGCGCCGACAACAAGAUCCGGGUAUGGGCUGUGACGGACCACCAUGCCCUUUCGCCUUUGCAGUUGUGGGCGGACAUUGACAUGGGACUUUCAGUCCAGCCCCGCGAUGCAUUCAAUGUGGACCAAGGACCGCAAAGGCGUUACGGCUUUUUCCUGGACGGCCGUGACUUCUGCAGUGCGACGGAGAGAGCUGUAGAGCGAAACACAGGCAAUAAGGAAAACCACGCCUUGGAACAUAUCAUCGAAGUUGCCAAGCAGAGUCCAGAGAUAUGCGUCGUGAUUGACGGCCAGGGCCAUAUGUCUGCAUGGGCUUUGGAAGAUGUGGGCUCCAAGGUAAAAACUAAGCUGAGCGUGUUCAACGUUCUGCACGUCGAGGGACUAGAAUUCGGGUUCAUGUCAAACCUGUCUGCGGAAGAAGACUAUGCUCAAAUCUGUGCGUUCCAAAGUAACCUAACCGAAGAUAAACUCAGCGUUGUGGUCCAUCACUUUGACGGCCGAGUUGAAUGGUAUGACUCGCAGGUGGAUGUUCUUUUCGAUCCCACUCCUCGCAAGAACCGGAUUGCCCCAAGAGCAUCCUGGUCUGGACAUACCGCGCCGGUCAAAAAGAUUGUGCGAAAUGCUGUCGGUGACACUCUUGUGUCACGCACGAAUGAGAAUAAGGCCAUGAUAUGGCGGCAGAAGAGACGGAAAAGUGGCUUGAUGCUCCUGCAUAAAAGCAUCCUUUUCUCUGAUGAGCACAUCCAUCGGACAUGUAUCAUUGAGAAUAGCAGCCUCCUCGUCAAUCUUCAUCACAACGGGAUCUCGUUGUGGGAUUUCAGCUCUUAUCACGCGACGAGGCUUGCACAUCUCCCCUUUACGUUGUCGAGUAAGCCCCUGUGUGUGCUCCCGCUUCCCACCCCAGAGACAAGUUCAAAAGUGGCAUAUGUAGCAACUGUUGGGGCCGAUAUGCAGGGCAUUGCAUUCGAAAUCCGAUGGUCUACAGCGCAAGACUGCCACCUGCGGAAAUUCUGCACCUUUGAGAUGGGCCUGAAGGAAGACUUAGCCUACAUCCUCCCAGUGGAUCCUGCCGGUCCGAAAGCCAAACAUUCUGGAUUCUUUGACGCCUUCUCUCCGGAUAUUGCCCUGUCUUAUACUCACAGCGGUGUCGUGCGAACUUGGAGUGCAAAAGUCGACCAGGCGAACGCUAAAGUCGAGUGGCUGCUGAAGUCGACGGUGGAUACAGGCAUUGAGAAUCCUUCGCUGGCCAGUGGAAGCACCAUCCGCAAAGCUGCGUUGGUCGAUGCGGACCGCACCCACCUGACAAUCUGGGAUACCAACAAUGCUCAGCUAGAGUUCGAAGAGCAUUUCGCCCAGCAUGAUAUAAUCCGGGACCUCGACUGGACUUCGACCCCGGACAUGCAAUCCAUUCUUGCUGUUGGGUUCCCCCACAAGGUUGUACUACUAUCCCAGCUUCGUUAUGACUAUUUAGAUGCCCAGCCCGCGUGGACCCAGAUCCGAGAAAUCUGGAUCCGCGAUCUCACUCCACAUCCCAUUGGCGACUCGUGCUGGCUCACAAAUGGCCACCUCGUGAUUGGUGCAGGUAACCAGUUGUUUGUAUAUGACAAAGACAUUGAUGUUGGUGACCGCCUUGUCUCCGGCCUUCGCAUCCCAUCCCGUGGACUAUCAUCCGUCGAUCUUUUCGAUGUGGUCAGUCGCCUGAAUGGCCCAUUGCCCGUCUUCCACCCACAGUUCUUGGCACAGUGUAUACUCGCCGGGAAGACCAGCCUAGUGCAUUCCAUUUUGACCAGACUGCACCGAAAACUGAAAUUUUACACCGAAGGCGAUGACCUGGACGGAUUCCUGGAGGUGCCGCUCGAAGACUUCUACGAGGAAAGGAACGCCAGCCAGCAGGCAGCUGCGAAGGAGAUGCGCUCUUCCUAUACGGACGCAGCGGUUGCAGAGGAGCUAUCAUUCGUUAUGGACGAAAGCACCGCGCAAGCCCUGAAUGAGAAUCUCGCCCGGAUCGCCCUACCACAAAUAUCCAGCCAUGAGCAGUUCCGCCUUGUUGACACUAUUGAGUGCGUUGCGACGGUCGAAAAGCACCGACGGUCGAUGGAUGACAAUGCAGCACGCUAUCUCCUCUUCUUCCGACAGCACAUGCUAAGAAGGAGUCAGGGUGUCGCGAAUAAAGGCACAGUCUCCUGGCGAGAGAUUGUUUGGGCUUUUCACAGUGGUAGCCAGGACAUAUUGGCAGACCUGAUCUCACGUCAAUUCAAUGCUUUGAAAGCACAAUUCGAAAUAGUUGCUCGGAAUGAAUAUGGCAAAACGGAAGAAAGGAAUCCGAUCGACUGUACUCUCUACUACCUCGCCCUCGGAAAGAAAAAUAUCCUUCAAGGUCUAUGGCGAAUUGCUCACUGGCAUCGUGAACAAGCCGCCACCCAACGUCUGCUAGCGAAUAACUUCAAGGAAGCAAGAUGGAGGACUUCUGCUCUCAAGAACGCUUAUGCCUUGCUUGGGAAACGGCGAUUUGGUAAGCUCCACACUCACCGUGCUGGACAAGCUCAUUCACCAACAGCUAACACCGUCGAAGAAUAUGCCGCAUCAUUCUUCCUGCUUGCGGAUCACCUCCGCGAUGCCACAAACGUGAUCGCCAACCAGAUGGGUGAUCUCCAGCUCGCAGUCGCGGUCGCACGAGUUUAUGAAGGAGAUAAUGGACCCGUCUUCCGGGAAAUCCUGGAAGAAAGAGUUCUCCCUGCAGCAGCAUCGGAGGGCAACCGAUGGAUGGCUUCCUGGGCUUUCUGGAUGCUGGGACGACGGGACAUGGCCGUGCGGUCACUCAUUUCCCCGAUCGAGACGCUCCUGUCACCAACCCCUGCCUCUCCUGGAAGUCCGGGGCGCGUGACUCUCCAGGCCAAAUCGUACCUCUCCAACGACCCUGCCCUAGUCGUGCUCUACCAGCAGCUUCGCGAGAAGACCCUCCAAACACUCAAGGGUGCCUCACAGGUUCGACCACGCGAAGAAUGGGAGUUCGUUCUCCGCAACGCCCGUCUCUACGACCGGAUGGGCUGCGACCUCCUCGCUCUGGACCUUGUGCGAGGCUGGGAAUUCCUCGGUGGCCCACCCACCUCGAAGACAUUGCAGACUCAACCCGCUCUCGAGUUUCAGUUCCAGGACGGCGGUGUCGAUUACAGAAAGCUGCUUCGCCGGCGGAGCAGCCUCGUUGUCGCUGAUAUGCCAGUCCGUCUCGCCGAGCUUGCAGAUGCGAAGAAGUCCUCGGCUCCCGAGGGCAGGGAGAAGCAGCAGCAGAAACCGAAGCCACCUCCAACCAUGUUCCAUGAGCCUGAUGCUAACUCGUUGCUGGAUAGUUUUGGUUUCUAA